AUGUCCCACGACGACGCUGAAUCCCGUAUCGAGGCAGUGGGAACGACAAAGCUCGUGAACUUCCCUGAGAAGGGAGAUGGCGCCGACAAGGACAGCAGCACCAUCAUCUUGAUCCCCACGCCGACCACAAAUCCCAAUGACCCCUUGAACUGGCCUCUCUGGCGCAAGUCUUGGUUGUCGACUGUCACGCUGUUCUGGUGUUUUAUGAUCAAUGCAUCCAUUGCCUGGACUUCCCCAGCCUGGGAUCUCUGGGUAGCGGAAUUCCCCACGACCUACACGGCCCUCAACAACACCCAGUCCGUCCUCGUCUUCACAUGUGGCAUUGGGAUCCUCUUCACGCAGCCCAUGGCGACCAAGUACGGACGCCGGCUGCCCUACAUCAUCGGGUCCGUCCUCGUCCUCGCCGGUCUCGGGUUUGGCGCCGCCAUGAACUCGAUCAACUUCAUGUGGGCGUACAUGAUCCUUUCGGGCUUCGGGUCCGCGCCGAGCUACUCGCUGAACGAGAGCAGUCUCCUGGACAUCUCGUUCCUGCACCAGCGCGGCCGACUGAUGGGCAUCUACGCGCUGGUCCUCCAGUGCGGCAACUUCCUCCCGCCGAUCGCGUGCGGCUUCAUCGUCGACUCGCAGGGCUGGCGCUGGGUGCUGAGAUACCUGUUGAUAUUCCAGGGAAUCUCGGCACUGCUCAUUAUCUUCAGCGCCGAAGAGACUGUCUAUCCCCGUCAAUCACAGAUUCCCGUCCACGUGGGCAAACCUGUCCGGCGGCCGCCCGUUGCCACCACCACCACCACCGAGCAACACGGAACUGCCCGUCUGUCCACGUCAAAGGACGAAUUCACCGGCGCCGAACGGGCCACCAGUGCCACUGAAAUCACCGACGAGGGCCCCACCACGGCUUCCCACGUCGUGGACGACACGAUCCCGAUCCAUCCCUACCGCAGACGACACGCGCUGAUCACAAAGGACCCCACGGUCAAGCAAGGGUACUGGCAGCUUGUGGUCUCGCCGUUCCCAUACAUCGGACUGCCCGCCGUGGCGUGGGCCAGUUUGAUCGUGAGCUUCAAGAGCUUUCUGACCAGCUUCAUCUUCAGCACGCAGGCGAGCUUCUUCUCGAUCCCACCCUACAACUUCAGCGCGGGGACCAUGGGCCUGAUGUUCGUGGCGCUCGUGAUCGGCAACGUCAUCGGCGCCGUGCUGGGCGGCCUGGGCGCCGACUGGCUGAUCCUGCGCCUGGCACGGCGCAACCGGGGCGUGACGGAGCCCGAGCACCGGCUGUGGGCGUUCCUGCCCGUCCCCUUCUGCUGCGCCGGCGGCAUCCUCAUGUACGGCCUCGGCGCGCACUACGGCCUGCACUGGAUCGUGCCGUGCCUGGGCCUGACGCUGAUCGGCGUCGCGGCCAACAUCCUCAUCCCCGUGGCCAUGACCUACGCCUUCGACUCGUACAGCGACAUCUUUGACGAGUCCGUCCAGAUGAUCAAUUUUCUGCGCAACGCCGUCGGCGGCGCCCUCUCCUUCGCCAUCCGACCCUGGAUCACCGCCAGCGGGCCCAAGAACGCCUGCAUCGGCAUCGCCAUGAUGCUGUUCGCCGUCUACAUGACUUUUCUGCCUUUUGCCGUCUGGGGCAAGAAGUGGCGCACCGCUACGGCGGGGUACUACGUGAAGAUGACGCGCAAGAAUGACAAGUGGGCGACGUAG